AUGACUGUGGAUUGCAGCGGCCCCGUAAAGGAAGUCGUCAAUGUCCUGGGUGCCCUGAGGGAUGACGACGGUUUUCAUUCGGCACUGCAGGACCCCGAGGUAAGACGUGCGGUCGACCAUUGGCUCGGCGGUCAUCGGCUGCCUCCGGAAGAGUGCGAAGACUGGGCAUCGGAACCCCGCAUCAUGUCCGUCUUUGCGAAGCUCAGGCAGCUGCAGAGCUACUGCCAAAGGGCUGGCACGAAAGUGCCGCUGCAGGCGGUGCUCAGCCGGACCACCUCCUUCGUGCUGGCGGACGGCCAGCGCGUCGGGGGCGACGAGCCAGCGCGGGGCGGCGCUGAGCCCGAGCCCGCGCCGCCAGAGCCGGUGGACCUGCGCUGCGUCCACGCCGACGGCGUGGCCUACCGCAGGACGCCCCACUUCGAGGACAGGGACACCUCGAGGCUCGGGCCGCAGGUCGGCGACCUCGUCAGCGUGGAGGAGCGGCGGGGCGACUGGGCUCGCACGGCCCGGGGCUGGGUGCCGCUGCGCCACGAGGGGAAGAUCCUCUUCCGAGAGCCGCAGGAGUCCGACCUGUGGGACCUCGACCGGCCGCCGGUGAACUGGAAGAGGAACCUCGCGAUGCAGUUCCUCGUCAUGGUGGCCGUGAUCUUCUUCUCGCACUUCUGGGGGCUCGAAGGUGGGCAAGUCGACCAGCGGGGCCAAGGCCUGGUGCCCCCGCAGCCCGACGUGGUGGCGGACCCGGCAGGCGCGAGCGCUCCGGCUGGGCAUGCCAUGGCGGACCUGUGA